GUUCCCUAAUCGAUUAAAAACUUGUUAUUAAUCGAUUAAUAGUCGAUUUUUGCCUUAUAUCACACCUAGUCUUCGUCUUCUUCGCCAUUCCCUCUUUUCGAAUCACAGAAACCCUAGCCUCUUCCCCUCUCAAUUUUUUUCUCAAUCUUCAUCAUAAAAUUCUCAAAUUUCUUCCAUUUUUUGCCAAAUUUCAUCAAUUUCAAAAAGGAAGAAUGCCAAGGUGUAAGAACGCUUCCUCGGGUCAAGAAACGGCGGCAGAGGAGAAUGAGAGGCCAUGGCGUCGUGAAGGGAGCAAAUACAUUCACAUUCAAACGGGUCUUGCCUUCAACACUGGGGCUUCAGUUGAGAGGUUCCACAACAUCUUCCUCACGAAGGAGAUCGUCUCUCCAAAGAUCGUGAACAAGGACCUCUUCAAAUCGGCGACCUAUGCCCCGAGUAAGUCUAUGUUCCUUCAGCAAGGAUUGCUUCGUUUCAUUCAUUUGACGUAUGAAUUUUUCUGUCCAAAUCUUAUACGUCAAUUUUAUGCAAAUCUUCGUACCACUAAGGGAGGUUCGCCAUCUCGCAUUUCCUAUGUUGACGGCAAAACCGUUUUCAUUGACGGUGCCGGUUUGACUUCUUUGUUCGGCCUUCGUCGCGGUGAAAUUACCGAAAACUUGGAUGAAACAUUCCAAGAUGAGGCAAUAUGGCGACAACACGGGUUAGAUCAUCGUGAUCUCAAGUUUAGAAACUCUAGCAACCUGAGUGUCAUUAAUCUCACUUUAAUUCAACGCGUCCAACAAUACAUUUUCUCAUAUGUUUUGUUGCCCCGUGAUUCGAACCAUGGCGUCGUCAACAAGGACGAUAUUUGUUUGUUUCACGUCCUGUUGAACGAUGUCAAAUUUGAUUGGAAGACGUGUUUCAUCACUGAAGCCAAGUUUUCCCGGAUCGUGUAUCGAGAGGAGGGCGAUGCUGCACCAAAUCUGGACUUGAUCAUCGCCGAAGAAGAAGAAGAAAGCCAAAACGAGAAUCAAGCUGAGUCAUCUCAAGCCGGAGGUAGCAGAGCCACGGAGCGCGUCACUCGUCAACGGAGGACUCGUCCGAGAGAAGAAGCACCGGAACCAUCUUGGGUGAAGAAGAUCUUCGAUACUCUCACGUGCAUCCGAGAUGACGUUCGCCAGCUCAACGAGAGGAUGACUCGUCUUGAGCAAUCUCGCUCCUACCGUGGCCCGCGUCACUGCUUCAGCGGAGGAGCUCGUCCGGCGAACUCUCUUUGAUUAUUUUCUCCUCUAUCUUAACUUUUUAUGAUACAUUGUAUUUUGCUAUUGUUGUUAUAACUCUUUUGGUAAAUGAUGUUGUUGCUAAUAUGGUUCUCUUUUAGAACAUUUUGUCCCUUUGUCCCAAUUCAUGUUAGAAGUUUUUUUGAAAACACUUACAAUUUUUUUUUUCUCCUUCAAAUCCCGGCAUAAAUUAAGGGGGAAGGU